AUGGCGGCUGGGCAGGGGGGCGGCGGCGGCGGCGGCAACGGCGGCGGCAACGGGCACGGGGCGGGGGGGCUGGGGAUCCCCGCUCACCUCACUCUCUCCUUCUCGGCCGGGCCACACUGGGGCGCGGCCACUCUGCCGCAGUCGCACACGGUGCGCAGCCUGGACCGGGCCCUGGAGGAGGCGGGCAGCUCGGGCAUCCUCUGCCUCAGCGGGAGGAAGCUGCGCGACUUCCCCGGCAGCGGCUACGACCUCAGCGACACCACGCAAGCAGAUCUUUCAAAGAACAGAUUUACUGAAAUUCCUUCCGAUGUCUGGCUGUUUGCACCACUGGAGACUUUAAAUUUGUAUCACAACUGCAUCAAAUCCAUUCCAGAAUCUAUUAAAAACCUACAGAUGCUUACCUACCUGAACAUUAGUCGAAAUCUUUUAUCAACGUUGCCAAAAUACCUGUUUGAUCUUCCACUUAAAGUUCUGGUUGUCAGUAAUAAUAAGCUGGUGUCCAUUCCAGAAGAAAUUGGAAAGUUGAGAGAUCUAAUGGAGUUGGAUAUCAGCUGCAAUGAACUUCAGGUUCUCCCCCAGCAGAUAGGAAAAUUGCAGUCACUUAGAGAAUUAAACAUAAGAAGAAAUAAUCUCCAUAUGUUGCCAGAUGAAUUAGGAGACCUUCCCUUGGUAAAGCUGGAUUUUUCUUGUAAUAAAAUCACAGAAAUUCCAAUUUGUUACAGGAAGUUACGUCACUUACAAGUUAUAGUUUUGGAUAACAAUCCAAUGCAGAUACCACCAGCCCAGAUAUGUUUAAAGGGUAAAGUACAUAUAUUUAAAUUCCUCAGCAUUCAGGCGUGCCUCAGAAUAGAUAAAAAACCAGAUUCUUUGGAUCUUCAGUCAUUAGGUAAACGAAUCCCCUCCCAGCCACUCACAGACAGCAUUGAAGACUUUUAUCCCAAUAAAAAUCAUGGACCAGACUCUGGCAUUGGGAGUGAUAAUGGAGAUAAAAGGUUGUCCACAACAGAACCAUCUGAUGAUGAUACAAUCAGCCUUCACUCCCAGAUAUCAGAAUCAACAAGGGAACAGACAAUAAGGAAUGACAAUCAAGUAACGGGAAGUAAACUUGACCCACAGAAAGAUCAGGAGGUGUAUGACUACAUUGAUCCAAAUGCAGAAGAGGGAGCUGUUCCUGAGCAAGGAGAUACACAGAUUGGACCAUUGCUGUCCUAUAUCAAGGAACGGGGAAAACAUCCUGAGAAAUCCCAGAAAAUAGAACUGAAUGAGGACUGGGCAGAUGAAAAGAGACUUCAGAAAAAACAGCUGCUGGCUGAAGAUGAUGAUGAGCUCAAAGAAGUGACUGACUUGAGAAAAAUAGCAGCUCAAUUACUGCAGCAAGAACAAAAACACAGACGAAGGCCAUUAAGCUAUAGAGCUUCAUUCAGUGAAAAACUCUUCCAGAGGACCAGGGCGGCAGGACGUGCAUCCAGGCUUCUUAAUAAUUCUGUUUCCGUAAGCACAAGGAACAGGCCAAAGCAACCAAUGGAAUCUGAAAAAUGUAUCUCAACAGAAGAAGUGAAUUCCUCUGUGUCCACAUACAGCUGGCAGCCAGUGGAAAACCAGAAGGAUUCAUUGGAUGAGCAGCACUGGCCAGAAACACAGCCACUGAUUUGGCAGAAUGAAGAAAGAAGGAGAAGUAAACAAAUUAGAAAAGAGUAUUUCAAGUAUAAGUCUUCCAGGAAAAGUUCAAGUGGAAAUGAGAAUGAUGAGCAAGACAGUGAUAAUACUAAUGUGUCUCCACAGUCUCCUGUGUCAUCUGAGGAUUAUGAAAGGACAGAUAGUAACACUCAUGGUCCAUUUGGUCUCAAACCAAGGUCAGCUUUCAGCCGUGCAUCUCGCCAGGACUAUGGUGCAGUGGAUCCUGGAUUCACAAUGAGGAGGAAAAUGGAGCAUUUAAGGGAAGAAAGAGAACAAAUAAGACAGCUUCGCAAUAAUCUUGAAUCAAGGUUAAAAGUGAUUUUGCCAGACGACAUUGGAGCAGCACUGAUGGAUGGAGUAGUUCUUUGCCAUUUGGCCAAUCACAUAAGGCCACGUUCUGUAGCCAGCAUCCAUGUCCCAUCACCAGCAGUGCCUAAACUCAGUAUGGCAAAGUGCCGAAGAAAUGUUGAAAACUUUCUGGAUGCUUGUAAAAAAUUGGGUGUUCCACAGGAGAGACUUUGCUUGCCUCACCACAUUCUGGAGGAAAGGGGUCUGGUGAAGGUUGGCCUCACAGUUCAAGCCCUGCUUGAGUUGCCAGCGUUGAAAGUAUCUCAGCUUUCCUCCAUGUGACGUGGCUUCUUGGAAGCCAGACAACUUCUCAUUCAGUCUGUUGAUUUGGAUUGCUUUGAGGCAGUUCAGCUUCCUACGUGGGAACACACAAGCCAUCAAGAACUAGAAUCUGUCCAAAUGCUGUAGAGAGCCUUACUUCGGAGUUGUACAUGAGAACCUUGGAGUCAGCUGACAGUGAAAAGAACAUCAAUAUUCCUCUUGGGUUUUUUUUUUUCCCCUUUUGCAGUUGGAUGCACAAAGAGAUCUUGGUAGCAUCAGGUUCUCUUCCCUCGCCAGUUAAUUUACGUUAAAAGCUGCCAUUUAACAUCUCACAGUGUUAGUUAAAUGCUGGAUUUCUUUUCCUACGAUGAAAAUGAAUUCUUUUAGAAGUACAAAGCACACCCUCCCUCACGUUCAUCUUUCAACUCAAUCAUUUGAUUUCAAGGUAGACAAAAAUGUAGCGAUGGUAACGAUGCGAGUGACUGAUCCCUUGUCAUCCACUUCUCCUCUCUCAGAAAGCUUAAGAUUUGCAUUCUUUAUUUUUUGCACUCCUGAUUGUAACUUACACACACUUCUAACAUUGCCAGUAUUUAGUCUGAGUCUAUGGUGAUGACACAAAGCAGUAUAACCAUGGGAAAAGGACACAUUUUAGUGAGUUUUUUCCAGUCUUCUAGGUUGGUGCCAAAUAUUUUUUUCAGUUGUACUGUAGAUUGUUUACAUGUGAAGUGCCUGUGUAAUUGAUAACUCUUAAUAGUCUUAAACAUUUUGGAAAUUCCUUUGUUUAAAAUAGACAAAAUGGAAAUUUUUAAAUAUUUUAAUAGUUUUUUGUAAACUCAGUAUGUGAAGAUUUAAGUAAUACUUCACAUUUUUGAUGUUGGAUGUUUUACGUUUGUUGCACAAUUUAAUUGGUUGUUUUGUUGUCUUAAUAAUUAGAAGAUACUGUAAAUACUUCUUAUUUAUGAUAUUUAAUUUGAUAAUACCUAAUCACUUUUGCUUUAAUGUAUUGUUGGACAAAAAGUUGUCUACUUUUCUUUGCUUGGGACAAACAAAUACACACAGUGAGGAAGGCAUGAGGACUAGAAAUGCAUACAGAGUAAUUUAGGACAUUUUGAUAAAACUGCCAAAAUCUCAGGUUUAUGCUGUGACUUUCAGGAUUUUGUGUAAUACUACUCCUGAUCUCACAUCACAUUUUAAAACAGGUAUAUCCAUAAUUUAGUUGAGAAAUAUCAGUGUUUAUCCUUUUAGUGUUUAUGGGAUUUAUUGUGGAAUUUACACAAGUGUGGCAAAGCACACCAAUCACUUUGUUCACAUGUCACUGUGCUGAGACAUUAGGCUUUGCUGGAUAAAUGUGAAAAAGAAACAUUUCCACUGUGGUGGUUUCUUGAAACUUCCAAGCUUUAUGUAUUUCUUUGCUUCUGCACAAAUUCUUAGUAUUUUGAGAACAUUUUGAAACCAUACAGAAUUGAAUUCUUCUCUGGACAAGUUGCAGAUAAUUUCAAUGUUUCAGUAAUAUCUGUUUGCAUUAGUUUGUUCUUCAUUAAUAGGCAGCUCAAUUAAAACAAAAACAAGUUCUGACUUUUUUUAUUUCAGGCCAAGUUAAUUUCAGUUGAGGGGUAUGUUUUCCAACCAUGUAACAAGAUUUUAUUCUAUUCUUUCCAAUUGAUCAAGAUCCCAUGUAAUAUAAUUCAUAAAAGAAUUAAGAAAGGAUGUAAUUUGCUUCUUACUUCAUUUACUACAGUCCUUAAAAUCAAUAGCUGAGAGAAACAAUAACCUUUUUCUCAUGACAAGAUUUUUUGUUUAAAGACAUAUUAUUUUUAAAUCCAUUGAAACAAGCUGAUUCAUGUGUAACAGUUAAAGACCCCACUUAUUUAUAUAGUGUUUUCUUAAAAUACAGCUCGUGUGGAGGCUGAUGUCAAACUUAAUUUGCAAAGUCCUGGGUAUACAAAUCUUAGGUUACAUAAAUACUGGUUUGAGGAAACUGGAUUGCUUUGAAAUAUGGUAUUUCAGAUCUCUCUUUUUUAAAUCAUUCACAUCAUACUCAUUUUAACUACUUCAGUGUCUUAUUUUUCUUUAAAGGCAUUAUCUGAAAAAUCAUACUAAGACUAAAAUGGAAAAAGGAAUAUAAUUCAUUGAGCAAAAAACUUACUUGCUUCAUUUGAAGAACACGACUAUUCAAAAAGAAUAAGUCUUUGUCUUUCAACUCCUUGCUCUGGUAUUUGACAACAACAACAGUUUGAUUUCAAUAUAUUAGCCAUACAGCUGCUAACUGAAAAUAGUCACUUUCUGUUAUCUGGCUUAAAAUGUUCUAUAUUAUUUUUUCAUCGUGAUAUUUAAAUGUUUUCUGACCUUAAAGUAGCUUUUUUCCUACUAUAACUAAAUUGAUGAAGUUGCAUCACAGUAUGAUCAUUAAGAAUUCCCUUGAUGUAGCAUGCCAGAUCCUUACCAGGUUUUUUUAAGCUUAGCUUGUUUCUUAAAUAACUUUUUUUCUUUUUUUUAGUACUCUGGAGUUCUUCACCAAAAACUUGCUAGAAGCAGUCUUGUUUUGCCAUUCACUGUAAAUUAUUAUGCCUUUAAGCUUAAGGGAAGGAUUAUCAUGACUCUUCCAGGGCUUCCUUUUUAGUGGUGCAAAGAUUAAGGCCUUCAAGUAUCCUUAGGAGCAGUCUGAGAAAAGAUCCUCUGUGGCUGGAUGAAUUUUUUCUCCUCUUACUUUAGCUGCUUUUACAAAUGAUAAUAAUCAAAAGCUUUGCUAAAGUUGACUGUUUCUAUCAUGAUUUAAUUUUUUAGAGGCAUCUGCAAAAAAAGCUGUCAAAAAAGAUUUGAAUUUGAGGUUUGAAGUUUAGAUUUGAAUUUUAAAGCAGCCUGUAGAAAUUGUUGCUGUCUUCCCUGGAUGAGAAUUUGACAACUAUCCCCUUUCUGCCUUUUCAUUUGAUUCCCACCAUCUUCUUACUGAUUUUGGUUGCUCAUAGAUGGAGUGACUUGGCAUUGUUUAUUGCUGCAAGCCACUUUCCUCCUUCCUCUAGGUUCUUUUUUAAGAACUUGCUCCAGUGGCAUUGGUGAAUGACUGUGAUUCCAGAAUCCCUGCUCCCAACAUUUUAGUAUCUUUGGGAUAUCCUUUUCCUAUUUUGUUUAGCAUUCAGUGCCAUUACUUAAUACUUGGUCCAGCUGAUAAAUGGUUAAAAACAGAGGCCUGCCCAGUUCCUAAUGUAGUUGCUCAGUUUUUAGUUUGGGCUUGAAGGAAAAUCCACGUUCAAAGCUUUAGGAAACUGCAUGAAGUUUUCCUAAUAGAUUUAAGAGUUAACUAGGGUGCUUUUCUUAUUGUGAAUGCUACACAAAGUUACUGCAAUAAUGUGGUAUGAGCUGUAUAUUGGAGUGAAUCAACAUAGUGACAGGGCUUCUGGCCUUGUGCACUGGUUGUGGUUUUUAUAUCAUUGGAUGCAGGAUGUUGCAUGUGAAUGAUCUUUCAUUUAAGCAAUAAUAUCCCAGACAUUGUGAGAUCUUAAAGCAGUGCUAUUCAAAUCAUUGUUACCAAGUGUGGUCAAUUCCCCACCCAGUAUUUCAGAAAUGCUUCACAUCUGCUGUGUUGUACUGAGACACUGCUGGGGAGGCAGCAAAACAUCUAUACUCAUGUACCCGGAGGCCUUCCAAAGUAUAACCAAGAACAAAAAUCAUCAUGAAACAAUGAGGAAAGAAUAAAAUAAAAAAAUAGGUUGAAAUUAUAAAUAACUAUGACACGAAGCAUGAGAACUUCUGGGGAAAAUUCUAGCUUCACUGAAGGCAAUGCAAGUUUUGCUCUUGGCUUCAGUAGUUUCCAUCUCUUUGUUUUAUGGAACACCUGAGCUGGAGACCAUAGGAAAUGCAGGUUACAUUUGUUGGAGACUAGCAAAGCUUUAGUGUCAAAUUCUUGACUAAAAAUGGUGAUCUCUGCUAAGUCAAAGGAAGCUGGAAAAUAUUACACAGAUUCAUACAAAUUUCCUGAUGUGCCACAUACAGUGGCUCAGCUGUCAUAGCAGAGCAACGUGUGUCACCUCAAUAACAUGGCAGGUGAGGGCUACAUCAGUUAUUUGCUGCACUAAAAACUUUUAUUUCAAGUAUCAUUUAGUGUCAAGUCUUCUCAGACUGUACCAUAAAUUUGUAGCCAAAUUCAAACAAAAAAAAAAAAAAAUGAGAAGGCAUCUGUUUGACUGAAAUCAAAACUUCUUGAGAUUGAAGAGAAUCUUCCAUCUUCCUUCCGGUGAUCCCUGAAAUGCUUGUAUGAAGGGUAGAUCUAUCUAACCCAGCUGCAGCUGGCCUGUUUAUCUCAGAGUACUCUGUGUGCUGAUGCAGAGAUAAAGCAUGUUAAUAAUUGAACUGAUUCUCAUCUGAGAGCAACUUGUGGGAGUUUCUAGCACUUCCUGUGGAUAGGAGAGGAUUUUGGUCAGGCUAAUGGAUGUGCUUCUUCCAGGAGAUACAUCAUAUUAACCAGUGAUUACCCCUGGUUGGAAAAACAAAAGCAAAUAAACCAAACACCCCCAAAACUAGUGAUAUAUUUCCUUUCUACAGCUGACUCUUUGGAAUUUAUAUUAAAAAAAGAGGGGGGGGGGAAGGUGAAGUAUUAGAGCACCCUCUCCUUGGUGAACUGAGUCAAUUUCACAUGGAAUCACUUCACAGGGAAAAGCCCUUGGAUUUAGCAGAGAAAGAAAUAGAUGUUUUGUAGCUGCUUCAUGCUGGGGGAGGUGGAUCCUGAAGUACAUGGAGCUUUCUUUGAGGUUACAGUAACAAGAAAUUUGACAUCUUUGUUUGUCCCAAAGGCUGUAUUUUGGGUAGCUCUAUCCCAGUGCUGCAGAUAGUGCUGCUGGGUGUGCAGAGAACAUUGUCCAUUCCAAGCCCUGGUGCCAUUGGCAUCACCCUUGGCUUUGCAGUGAGGAGACUGGACUGCGUGGUGCAACUUGUGAAGGAAGCACCUCUUUGCUCCAUGCUGCCUCCUCCUGCAUGGGCUGCAGAAUUCUUUUCAUAGGUUUGUUUUUUUUUUUUUUGCAAUCUGAAUAAAAACAUCAAGGGAAGUGGUCACUUUAUUUGAGAGUAAUAAAUAGUUAAGUAGAUGUUUGCCAAUAUUGACUUCUACCAGCAAAGAAGGAUGUAGGUUGCUCUAGAAACUGCAGAGCUGCUCUGGUUGGGAAUUGCACCAUGACACUUAAGAGGUUAGUGUGUCACUUCUCCUCUCACCUGAGUGAAUCAAAGCAGUGCUUCUGCUGCUUGUUCCAUCCUCAACACACUGUGGAAUAUGUGAAAUUCAUUUACAAAUGGAGGGAGAGGCCAACUCUUUUUUAUUCAGGUAUUUUGUGGCACAAACUCCUCUCUCCCUGUGUGGAAAAUAUCUGGUGAUCUGGACUGUUAAAAUAGAGAACAUCUGUGAUUAGCUGAGUUUCAGUUUAAUGUUGCCACUGCACAGGAGCAGUUCUGGUUCCUGUCUUUUUUACAUAGUAAAAUGCCACUUUGCUUUCUGUGUCUUUAAGUAUUUCACAGAGUACAGUUCUGACAGAGUAUUAUCUUAACAUUGUGGUUAUUUGCAGUAUUUUUUUAAUCUUAUUUUUUUUUCUUUAACAUGGGAGGCAAAGGGAGACAAAAUUGCUAUAGGCUGCCUGAUCAGUUUCUAUGGGAAGAAUACAAAUUAUUAUAAAAAUGACAUAAUCAGUCCUUUUUAGUUCAAAGGCUUUACAGCCAACUGCAUUUUUCAUUCAAGAAGAAUUCAAAAUUCAAGAAGAAUUUUUCAUGUGGCUUUUCCAUAUACAUUUUAGAAUCCUAAUAUUAAAACCAAGCAGCCUUUCCAGGAGUUGGUUCAGUAUCUUAAGGACAAUAGCUCAAACAGACAGCAAAUGGUUUUGGGAAACUUUCCAGGGUUUGUGGUUGGACUUGAUCUUUUCCAGGUCUUUUCCAACCUAAAUGAUUCUGUGAUGCUGUGACUUAAGUGAAAUGAGAACUUCCCUCAAUAGUUUUAUAACUGAGCUACAACAUGAAGUCAUUUCAAAUGAAUUCUUGGCACUACUGAUUCCCUCACCCCUUUUAAAACAGGGGGAAAGAAGAGGUAACUUUUUCUUUCACGUUAGUUUUAUGAAGCCAGAUUGUGAAAUAGAGAAUAUUUGGAAAUAAUCACAAGGAUGGGUGUUUUUUUUUUGGUGGUGGUGGUUUAAAAUUUAAAUAUGACUGAACCAGUGAAAUCAUUCCAGAAUUGCUGUAUUUGUUUAGGGUUUGGUUGUGCCCUUCCUGUCAUGGGAAAUCCUGUUGCUCAGUAUUAAAAUGCUUUCUGGAGCAUCUGCAGGAUGAUGCUCUUCACCUGCCCAUGGUGACAGCUGUGUUUCCACGUGGACGUGUUCCAUUAAGCGUUGCUGCCACUGGGGUAAUUCCUGGCUCUUAACUGGUCAUGUCUGGUGCACCAGCAGGUAGUGCAAGGCUCUGAUUCCCCUGAGGGGCAAACACAGGCAUUGCAAAAGGAUUGCUUGGUGAUUACAGUUGGAAAGAAUGUGAAUACUUUUGGGUGUUCUGUGUAGAAGAAAGCAAAUGUGGCUGCUUUACAAUUACCACUGGGUUGGUAUUUAGUUACUUGAUCUUGUAACUCUACUUGAUUUUGUAACUGUUCUUCUCAAGCUCAGAGAAGUCAGUGUAGCCAAACCAUCAGUAUGUAAAUGUGUGCAGGAGGUGACAGAAGCAGUUCUGAGGCACAGUUGGAGUGCUCAUUUAAAAAUAAAUGCUUAAAUUGUGUAUAUACUUGCGACAGCUUUGAUAGUGCAUUUUAAUUCAUUUUGCAUUUCAUGUUCUUGUAAAGUGCAUCUUCCACACUUCAGAAGAUUGUCUCCUUGUACAAUACUGUAUUGAGUCUUUUUUCAGGACUUCCAUUAUUGCUGGAGCUUCCAACAUAUAUGUUUCUUUUGAAAAAAACAAAAUGUUCCUACUGUUAUUUUUGGUUUUGUAUAUAGUUUUUUUGUAUUCAAUUUGCAUGGAUAAAACCUACAUUUCCAAAACAAGUGUACAUACUCUGUGUGUAAAAUACAAACUGUUUCAUAACUUUUAUGUAGUUACUCAGUUUGAUUUCGCUUCAGGUUUUAUAUAUUCAUAGUAAAUAAUGAGGAUUUGUUGUUUGUUCUUUCAAA